AUGCGGCUCUAUCCUCAACAAUUAUUUUUCCAUGGACUGGGCUCUAAGCCGGAAUACGUCUUCACUAUUGAUUUCUGGCAUCGCUCCCCAUCGCCAUCCAAUGAAGCUGAGCCAGGUGAAGCGAAAUCUGAUGAUGACGAGGGUGAAAUAAUCUGUGCUACCGGCGGAGCUGACACAGUCGUUCGGCUGUGGAAAGUCGUGAAGGGCGGUUCAGCAACUGGUUCCUCGUCGACAGUCAAUGCCAACAGUCAAGGAUCUCCUAAUUCUAGUAGACCUGCUGAGAAGGAUGGCAUCGACACUCCGAUGACAGUGAGCACGCGAGACCCCCAUUUAGUGAUGCAUGCUGAGCUCAGUGGCAGCCAUUCACACGGAUGUGUAACCUGUGUGAGGUUUGCUCCACCUAUUACCGGAGAACCUCCGGUCCUAGCCUCGGCUGGAGAUGACGGCCGCGUUGUCUUCUGGGUCUACAGCGAGUCCCCACUCACUGGGGAGAUGCAAUGGAUGGCUCAGGCUAGGGCUCUCAAUUGCCUUGAUGAAGUAUCAGGAAUAGCAUGGUCUCCUAAUGCACGGCAACUAGCAGUAUGUCUUCACCGGGAGCUCUGUGUGGUAUGGGAUGUUGCCACAGCAAAACAAAUACAGAGACUGGACGGCCACACCUCGAGAGUCCUUGGUGUGGCAUGGGAUCCUCGAGAUCGCUAUAUCUGCACGACCAGUGCUGACCGUACUUGCCGAGUAUGGGCUCGGAAUAAACGGAAGAGCUUCUAUCCAAAGGCGGUGGUUCGGACGUACGACGCUAAGGUUAUGGCUAAGGAGGCCGAUAAUGUGAAUGAGGCUCUGGAGCCGGGGACAGAGGACUCCGUGCCGGCCUCGUUGGCUGAGAGGACGGUUCGAGAAAAGAUCUUCAUCAACGAUAGUCACUAUGCUCACGAUGCUACCGCCCAUUUCUUCCGUCGACCCAGCUUUUCCCCGGAUGGUCGGUUGCUGUUGGUUCCAGGCUGCCUCACGCCGCACGGUGACUACGGCUGUCUAGUCCUGGCCAGGGGCGAUGGCUUCUCGAACCCCGCUGCCAUCAUCAACUCUGGCUCUGUGUCGCCCACUGUCUGUUCGAGGUUCUUCCCCUCCCCGGUCCGAUCCUCUGACCAAUCAUCUCACUACGUAUUCAGUGUGGGUACCGCUGCUGCACAGCUAGUGUUGUAUGAUACGACCGUCUUCUCUAAGGGAGGCCCUCGAAGACUACCGAGAACUGCCGGUUCGGACCUUCACUGUACAAGUAUAGUAGACCUAGCUUUUGACCACACCGGACAGUUCUUGGCAGUGGCCGGCAGCGAUGGUUAUGUUACGUUAUGCUCCUUGGACGAGACGGACUUAGGAGGUUCACCUUGCAUGCCUAAAACAGCGGAGGAGGAUGCCGCUGUUGCACCGGCGUCAUUGGAAGCGCCGCUAAUUAGCACACAGAAAAAUGCCGAAUCCUCAAUCGCCCCGAUCCAGCCUACGGCUAAGUCAGCAUUGCCAACUCUAGAAAUCGUCUGUGCUGCGGAUCAGCCGCCAACAGUGUUCGCAGCAGCGGCUAAAUUUAUCCGCUCUGAGGCUCCCAAGCUCAUCAGCUCGCUAGAGGGGGGCACCAUCGUGUGCUCUCCGGUGAAACGCUCUUCUACGACUGCACGGACGGAGCCACCGGGAGUUGGUGUGGCGAAGAAAUCUCGACGAAAGAUCACUCCUACGCUGGUGAAGACUCCCACCAAGGUUGUUGAUGCCCGUCUAAGAGCGGAAGUAAAGUCGCCUGUGCUGCAGCUUGUCCGUAUCGAGCUGGAGCCCGAUGCUAAGGAAGAACUACAGCGACUCAGGGACAACCUGCCGUGUCCGAUCAGCGUGGCAACGACGGUGGACGGAAGUGGGUCUGGGGAUAUUGAUCCGCGAUGA